AUAUGACUCAGAUCAGCGUUAUUACUGCGAUUAUUUGAAAACUCUUUAUAUGGACAAACUGAAGUGUCCAUUCAUCAGCGCAAUUUGCGGAUCCAGUGAAGGCUGUUCCUGACAGGUGCGCACUGUGUCCAAAGGAGGAUGGGCAGGCGUGAAGCGCACGGCAGAGGCGCGAUGAACCCCAGCCACCUCUCCGAGCUCGGCUGUCUUCAGGACUCUGCGUCCAGCGGACAGCAUCGGGGAAGCGGCGGCGAGCAGCUGCAGAGGACCGACGGCGGUCAUCCAUGCAGCUCAGAUCAGCGGCUAAGAAAGCCGGUGAUAGCGAGCCGGGCAUCGGCUUUGGCUGCAGCGCCGGUGGAGGUGAAGAAACACCAGCAUAAACACAACUUGAAGCACCGCUAUGAGGUGAUGGAGACGCUGGGAAAAGGUACCUAUGGAAAAGUCAAAAAAGCAGUGGAAAGGUCCAGCAUGAAAACGGUGGCGAUCAAGUCGAUCCGAAAAGAGCGCAUUAUUGAUGACCUGGAUCGAAUUCACAUCCAGAGAGAGAUUGAGAUCACCUCCUCACUCAGACACUCCAAUAUUAUACGCUUCCAUGAGGUGUUCGAGAGUCGGGAUAAGAUCGUGAUAGUGAUGGAAUACGCCAGCAGAGGGGAGCUGUACGACUACAUACAGGAGAGGAAGCGGCUGCCAGAAACAGAAGCCAGAAGCAUCUUCAGACAGAUUGCCUCUGCUGUCCAUUACUGUCACAAGAAUGGUGUCGUGCAUCGAGACCUCAAGCUGGAGAACAUCCUUUUAGAUGAAGAUUUAAAUGUCAAGCUGGCUGACUUCGGGCUUUCCAAUAAUUUCCAGAUAGGCUCCCUGCUGCACACCUACUGUGGAAGUCCUCUUUAUGCUGCACCAGAGAUAGUGAAGGGGCUGCCAUACACAGGACCAGAGGUGGACUGCUGGGCACUAGGGGUGCUGUUGUAUGCUUUGGUUUACAGCAGCAUGCCUUUUGAUGGGGCCAAUCAUGCUAAGCUGACAGAGCAGAUCAGCCAAGGCCGCUACCGUAGACCCAAUCCACCUUCAGAUGCCUGCGCCCUCAUUGACUGGCUGCUAACAGUUCGCCCAGAAGAGAGAGCCACAAUAGAAGACGUGGCCCACCACUGGUGGGUAAACUGGGGCUAUGAAGAGAGUGUUUGUGACUGCCCCACAUCUCCACAUCAGGAAUGCCCUUCCCCAUUGCUGGCCCGCUACAUUGACUGCCAGAAUCAGGUUGGCACUGCGAGUCAUAUGGCAGCUGAUCCUGGAGCCAUAAACCAGACUUUGGACUCCUCUUGCUGUCCUCAACCUGCGUCAAAGUCUUUUUACUUCAAUUUCCCUGUAAAAAAUGACUGUGAUGAAGGAGCCAGGGUUCGUGGAGGGAUUUCAAACCUCAGAAAGUCACGCAAGGAGAAUGCAAUCCCACAGAGUGCAAUGGGAGCCUGUGCUGAUGUUUGUUCAUCAACUGUCUCUUCUACUCCAAUGGCUACCUCAACACCAGAAAGAAGAAAACCUAAAGGUAUACUGAAGCACCAGAGGAGUUUGGAUUCAGUUUUUUACAACUCUCCAAAGGAAUACUCCUAUCAAACAUGCAGCACUCUCCCUCACCAACAUCGGACACAAACACUUGCCCACUCGCAUGGAGAUGUCUUGUGUAAAACACUUUCUCAUCCAUCUACAUUCAGUCAGCCUUCAUCUAAGAUGCCAAAGAAAGGGAUACUAAAGAGUCGAGAGACGGGUUACAACUUAACCCCGGACAGAAAUCAUUCUGGAGAAGGAGUUAAAGAGAGCAAUGUAGGUCAGUCAGAUUCACACAAGACUUUCCCAGCUGCAGAAGACAGUCCCACCAUGCGCACAGAAGCAGUGAGGAGACGAAAAGGUAUUCUGAAACGUAACGGUAAAUUCUCUCGCAGUCUGGAUCUUCCCGACAAUCCCAGUUCUUCUGACUGUCCAGCCUCUGCGGUAUUCCCUGAGGUGCUCCAGCAGCUCCUGCGGCCCACAGGGGACACCGAGGGCCGACGCAGCCGCCCCUCUAGUGUGGUCAGCGAAGACAGCUUUUACUCCUCGGAUUCCUUCGAUCUGUUGGACUUCAGCACUCAGUCACAACGCAGGGUUUUCUCUCAGGAAAGGCAGCAAAGUAGCUGCAUCUCUGGAGAGAGCCUGGGGCAGAUAGAAACAGAGACAGGCAGAAUUGAAGGAGAUAAAGGAACUAAAUUCUAAAUAUGAAUGAUCUCUGUAAAUUUUACCCAUCAUGUAAAGCAACAUUUAUGAUGGUACUUGCUUGUAUGACCAUCAACACAGGAGAUUCUUUAAUCUACUGUGUGGAUGAGAUGAAAAGUGAGAUGGAAGUGAGCUAAUUUCAUCUCAUCCACACAGUAGAUCCUUUCCUAAUGUAUAGAAAGCAUGUGAAAAUAAAAUGUGAGAACAACAAAAUGUUAGU